GGGGGAAGCAGAGAGGGAGAGAGAAUCAGAGAGAGGAAGAGGAGGGUUAAUUAAUUCAGGGUGGAUGGGAGGGAUGUUGCUGCCGAGGCUCCAGUGCCUCUGCUGUCGUGCCGAGUGUUUGUUUGAGGACGUUUGGCUGCUGCUGCUCACAGGGAACCAGACACCAGCUCCCCUCCACAUCCUGAUCGCUUUGCUCUCCUUUGAUCCGGCAAACAGGGAUGUUACAUGGACUGCAGCGGCAGCAGGAAUAGCCAGAGGUCAGAGACGGUGUCUUUUGUUGCAGACCUGCUGAAAAACCCUUGUGCCAUCUCCAAAUCAUGAGGAAUAUUCAUUUGGUGUGACAGACAAUCACCAAACAUCCUUUUUCUUUUUUGAAAUCCAACUCAACAUUUGGAGCACCUCAGCAAUAAUCAGGACAACUUCUGACUGCAGAUAAACACUUGAAAAACCCUGUUUGAUUGAACAUUUUCGUCAUUUCCCGCCUCCUCCACUGCUCAUAUUGCCUGGGGUAAUUUGAGCUCUCUAACUGUGGGCUUGCAAGGUGAUUUAUUUAUUUUUUUAAAGGCGGAGAUGACAUCCCAAAAUCUUUUCGUCUCAGCCUCGAUACACAACUUGACCGAAGGAUAACCAUCAGUCCUCUGAGGGACACUUUUGGACCGACACACUUUCAGACACAGAGCCUCGGAGGCAGGCAGGAUGGGGGACAGCUGGGUGUGUCUGAGCCCGGCCGAGUUCACCCAGCUGCAGAAAUACAGCGAGUACUCCACUAAGAAGCUGAAGGAUAUGCUGGAGGAGUUUCACGGGGAAGGAGUUCUGUCCAAAUACAAUCCAGAGCAGAAGCAAGACGUUCUGAACCAACCCAUUGAUUAUGAGGGUUUCCAGCUCUUCAUGGCCACAUACCUGGAGAACGACAUCCCAGAGGAGCUGUGUCAGCACCUCUUCACCUCCUUCAAGAGCAAGACCGGAGGAGGCUCCCCCGAUCACUCCCGAGCAGGAACCAGUUUACUGGACGCCCGCUCCAUUGACGCAGGCAUCUCCAUUCAGACUGAAGUGGCCUGUGCCCCCAUCACAGGGAUGAAUGGUAAGAGCAUCCUGUCAGCGAUGGGUCGUCACACCCCCGAUCACUCUGCAGUGAUGACCACAGCGAGCUCCACCUCCCCCUGUUCCUCUCGCUCCUCCUCUCAGCGCUCAGGGAAGGGGGCCCAAACACCGGGGGGGCCCCAUCGGUCCCCCUGCUCCCAGGUCAGAUCCUCAGAGGCCAGCUGCAACGCCCUGACCCCCAACUCUGGUCCUGCCCGGUCCCCUGCCUCCCCCAAACUCUCCCCAGAGAGGAGUCGCUCUGAGAAGCAUCUGUCGCUGCGGAGGAGCCCGUCGCCCCAGAAAGGAACCCCCCUGCCGGCGCCCCAGGUGGUUUUCCUGAAGGACAUCGUCUGCUACCUGUCGCUGCUGGAGAGGGGGACGCCGGAGGACAAGCUGGAGUUCAUGUUCAGGCUGUACGACACAGACGGCAACGGGGUGCUGGACAGCUCGGAGCUGGAUCGCAUCAUAAAUCAGAUGGUGCACGUGGCAGAGUAUCUGGAGUGGGAUUCAACUGAGCUGCGACCGAUACUGAAGGAGAUGAUGGAGGAGAUUGACUACGACAGAGAUGGGACGGUGACUCUGGAGGAGUGGAUCAGAGGAGGCCUCACCACCAUCCCUCUGCUGGUGCUGCUGGGCAUGGAGACGAACGUACAGGAAGACGGCCAGCAUGUUUGGCGUCUGAAGCACUUCAACAAACCGGCGUACUGUAACUACUGCCACACCAUGCUGCUGGGGGUCCGCAAACAGGGCCUCUGCUGCUCCUUAUGCAAGUACACGGUGCACGAGCGCUGUGUGUCCAAAGACAUCGCUGCCUGCAUCAGCACCUACGCCAAGUCCCGCAGACACACCAACGCGAUGCAGCACGUGUGGAUGGAGGGGAACUCUCCCACUAAGUGUGACCGCUGUCACCGCAGCAUCAAGUGUUAGAUGCCUCCAUCGCCCAUCGCUUUCAUCUGAUGCGGGAAAAGCACCCUGAGAAGUUCAACAGCAGAAUGAAGAACAAGCUCUGGUACUUUGAGUUCGGCACCACUGAGACCAUAUCGGCCACCUGCAAGAAACUCAACGAAUGCAUAGAAGUGGAGUGCGACGGUAUCAUCUUGGACCUCAGCAACACCUCCUUGGAGGGAAUAGCUGUGCUCAACAUUCCCAGCAUGCACGGCGGCUCCAACCUGUGGGGCGAGUCAAAGAAGAGGAGGAACUACAACCGCAUGAGCAAGAAAGUUCCCGACCGGAUGCCAGCCAGCACCGUCACGGACGCAAAAGAACUCAAAUUCUGCAUGCAAGACUUCAGUGACCAGCUGCUGGAGGUGGUUGGUCUGGAGGGGGCGAUCGAGAUGGGACAGAUCUACACCGGACUGAAGAGUGCCGGACGCAGACUCGCUCAGUGUGCCAACGUCACCAUCAGGACGUCCCGGCGGCUGCCCAUGCAGAUUGAUGGCGAGCCCUGGAUACAGACCCCCUGCACGAUCAAGAUCACCCACAAGAACCAGGUCCCCAUUCUGCUGGGCCCUCCUCAGAAGACGCCGUUCUUCUUCUUCAAGAAACGCAACCACAGCCGCGACUAGGACACACACACACACACACAGACACACAUAUACACAAACACACACAUGCCACCCACUGUAUAGGCAGCUCCACUGUUGGGAGUUUAAAGUGGGAUCACAUCGUGGAACAUUCCCAAAGUCAGGACGCCUACUGACAAUUUAUUCCCAGAGGAACCUUCAGUGAUGAAAGUGAAAACUCUCAGUAACCAGUAUCGACCUUUUCCUGUGUAACAAAUCAUCUACUCGCAAAACCUCCAUCCCAAAUACAAGGAUUUUCGUUUUUCUCGGCCCAAAAAACUCAGCGAGACCUGCACUGCCUGAUAAACAAAACUCUGUCUGCUGGGAGUCCCUUGCAAAGAAGUAUAGAAAGUGAAAUUGAGUUAAGGAAAGCAGGUUGUAAGAUGGGAAAUAAAGAGCUCCAACAUUACAGUAAGCAGAA